AUGACCCCCGCAUCCUCUGACUACCCACUCAACGAGAACGGCAUACCCCCCUUCGACGCCCUGCCGCUCGGCAAGGACAACCCAAGGUUCUCCGCCUGGGGCCUCUACGGUGACAAGGACGAGUUGGGAACGCUCAACAGACUAACCGACGAGCGCGUUGCCGCCGCAGCCAGAAACGAGAUCAGGACCGGUGCAAGAGUCUCCCUCAACUGGUCCCUCAAAGCCCAGCCGGCCCCCUUCUUCGCCCGCCGCGCCUUCCACCACGACCUCAUGCGCAAGCACCCGCGCUUCGUCAACGACGACGUCUGGACCUUCAACUCGCAGUCCUCCUCGCAGUGGGACGGGCUGAGGCACGUUGGCUACCAGAAGGAAGAAAAGUUCUAUAACGGUGUCUCCAUGGACGAGGUUCACGCCGUCGACGAGGAGGGAAGGCGGUCGACAGUCAACGGUAUCCAAGCAUGGCAGAAGCACGGCAUCGUCGGCAGAGGCAUCCUCGUAGACUACCAUAGCUGGCGCCUCGAGCAGAACAUACCCUACGACCCCUUCGCCCGCGACGCCAUCCCCGUCUCGGACCUGAAAGCUUGUCUUGAGGCACAAGGUACCGAGGUCAAGUUCGGCGACAUCCUCCUGACACGAACAGGUAUCCCGCCCUUCCUAUUCUUCCGAGCAAGCUUCAUGGCCGCUCACGCCAGCAAGUCCCCCAGCGACCUCGAAAUCUACCGGACCGCCACCCCGCAGACCUUCAGCGGCGUCGCCCAGUCCGAGGAGACGCUCCGCUGGGUCUGGGACAACUUCUCGGCCGUCGCCGGCGACCAGCCGGCCUUUGAGUGCUGGCCCCACCGUGACCCGAAGCACUGGAUGCACGAGGUCCUGCUCGCCGGCUGGGGCAUGCCCAUCGGCGAGCUUUUCGACCUCGAGGCCCUCGCCGAGCGGUGCCGCCAAGAGAAGCGGUGGAGCUUCUUCGUCGCGAGCGAGCCGUGCAACGUUCCCGGCGGUGUUGCAAGGUGA